AGAGAGGAGGGGGAAGAGAGAAGGCUGAUGUGGCAGCCUGACAUGUGGGGCCCACGUGGGUCCCACGCUGAGUCAGCCGCCACAUAGGACGAAACCGGGGUUAAAACCGCCGAGGGACUAUGACCAGUUGUGGUUAGUUGGGGGACGCCGGAUAUCCGGUUUUGUGGUUGGGGGACAAUUUUGUAAUUCGAUGACAAGUUGAGGGACCUUGGGUGCACUUUUUCCCGCAAAGCGCCUAUCUCCACGCGCCCAGGUAUUCUCCACCGGACCAGCCCGCUUACGUCCGAAGGCCCACAAGAGCAGCUCUCUUCCCUCGCUCUCGCCGAGUGCUCCAGUAGGGUUUUGUUUAGUUUUCACUUUACCUUUUCCCGCACGGCGACGAAGAGGAGGAAGGAGCGGCGCCACCACCACCACCACCACCCCACGCCAUGGCGAACCCAGCGCAGGGGCCUCUGAGAGCGAGGACGAAGCCCGCGGGGAGGAGGGGCGGCGCUCCGCCGCCCGCCGCGGAGGAUCCGUCCCGGGCGGCGGCGGCGGCGGCGAGGCGCUCGGUGCGGAAGUGGAGCACGUGGACGAUGAAGACGGCGAAGGUGGCGGCGUACUACGGCUUCAUCCCCCUCGUCAUCGUCAUCGGCAUGAACUCCGACCCCAAGCCCUCCAUCGGACAGCUCCUCUCCCCGCUGUGAUUCCGCUUCGACCCCCACUCGACUCUGCCUCCGCUUUUCUUGGGCUCUGCUACAUGAUCGUACUUACUGCGUAGUUGAUCUGCAAUUAGUACUAUUUUGCUACUAGUAUAUUCGCUAUGUGUUAGCAAUAUUCUGCACUGUUAAUUUGCUGGGAACUGGGAAGUUAGUACUUGCAUCGAUCGUCAUGUAACCUUUGUGAUGAAUUUGGUGAUGCCUGCGUUUGAUUCUGAUGCGUGCCAGGCAUGUCGAAUACCAUGGUUCGGUGCUUGCCUUGCGAGAUGCCUCUUGAUCUAUUAUUGUGUGGACCUUGUUCAGGAGAGUGUUUUUGGCCAAUAGCUUUGAGCAAUUCAAGGGAGUUUCAGUCUUCUUCUGGGUGCCUGUUUAGGCUGGAAAUUCCAAAGAUGAAUACCUGUUUUCUUUACUGUAUCUUGAA